AUGGAAGUUGGGAUGGGCAUAAGCUCAAUGUUUAAUGUGCUUUCCCUUACUGCUCAAUUGCGGUAUAAUAAACGCCGGGGAUCUGUAAAUGGACUAUCGUGUGACUUUAUCUUAUUAUCCUUAUUAGCAAGAGCACUUAACAUGGGUACAGCUUUUACAUAUAAAGGCAGAACGGCAAUUGAUCUUUUCAGACUGAGAUAUCCCCUUUAUCCCUUACCUUCCGUCUCAUUGCCAGUUCUCACAUGCGAUGUAAUGUCCGUUAUUGUGUUAAUUUGCAUCCAUUACCAGAUGUACAUGUUAUACCCACACACAAGAAGCAGAAACCAAAGUCUCAGUGGCACCAUAAAAUUUUACUUACUGGUAGCUUUUGUCAUGUAUGUUGCUCUAGCAUAUUACGCUCAUUAUCAACGGGCCACCCUCAACUUUCUAGAUUGCUUAGAUUAUGUGUGGAGCUUAAAGGUCAUAUUCUCGAGUCUUGAGUUAAUGCCGCAAUUAUCUCUCCAAUGGUUCGAGCUGAAGUCAACAGGGCUCUCUAGAGGCUAUUUUUGUUUCACCUGUAGCCAGGUAUUAUUUUUUGCAAUCUCAAAGUUCAUUCAGGCCCAGAGCUCAACACCAUCUUGGAACAAAAUCCCUGUCAAUUUUGGCCCAUGGAUUACACUACCUUUACAUUUGAUCGCUAUUGGAAUCAUGGGUUAUCAACACAUUGUAUACUCCAAAAUGGGGCUGUUGCCUACCGUCAUCAAAUCGAAGUAUGAAAGACGUUAG